AUGGUUUCUUUCAAACUUGCCCAACUUGUUUCAAUCGUCGUUGUUGGAUCGACAUUGAUGAAUAUCGAAGCUGGCCUCAUUCCAAGAAGCACCGUAGUUGCCGCGCGACAUGAUGCUCAACCAGCUCCGUCAAACACGCCAGGCGGCAAGACUCCUAGCAUCAAUCCAGCAAACACCAAGCCAGCCACCGCUGCACCUGCUCAUACGCCCAACACUUCAAAGUAA